AGCUGUUUCAUUGUUAACUUGUAAUUAGACAUCAGCAAUUUUUUUUUAGUGAAAUAAAAAAAUUUCUUUUUUAAAUAAUUUUAGAAAUUAUUCAUAUUUCUUUUCUUAGUUCUUUAUUUAAUUUACUAUGAGCUAUCCUCAGAAUGGAACCAAACCUCUAGAUCAGCAGUUCGCUGCUCUGGAAAUCAAUCAGAACAAUGGUCCUCAAUUUGAUGCUGUUGCUCCGGCUCCGGUUGCACAAAUGCCGGCAAGAGCUUAUGUGAAUCCUAAUGAAAAUUUCCAAAAUCCGGAAAUGUACAGAGGACGAGGCUUCAAUAAUCAAUAUAAUGAAGGUCCACGUGAUUCAUACAAUCGUCCUAGAACAUUCAAUAACUCUGGUGAUCGUGGUGGCGGCCGAAAUUUUAAUGAUAAUCGAUUUCCACGUGAAAAUGGCUUUGUGAAUCGUGGCUAUAACACGAAUAAUCGAUUUUUUCCGAGAGGCAAUGCAAAUCUAUCGUGGCGAGAUCCUCCUCAGCCACAACAGCCUCAAAUGGAAGCUGCAAAUGGAUUUCAGGCUGAAAAUCAAACCCGUAAUUUUUAUCCUCGAACCAAUAUGAAUGGAUUUGGUGGUCAGAAUCGCGGUGGAAAUAAUCCUGGUUUUUAUCAAGGUCGAAGUCCACCAACUCAACAAGUUAAUCAUGAUUGGACUGUCCCAUUGCCACCAAACGAAGAGUAUGAAAAGCAUUUGUUUUCAGGCGUUCAUACUGGCAUUAACUUUGAAAAAUAUGAAGAUAUUCCCGUCAAAGUUACCGGUGAAUAUUGUCCACAACCCAUCGAAUCAUUUUCUGAUCCUCAAUUGAAAUUGACACCGAUUAUUGAAAAUAACGUUAAAUUAGCCAAUUAUGAUAAACCUACACCGGUGCAAAAGUAUGCCAUUCCUAUUAUAAUGGCUCGUCGUGAUCUAAUGGCUUGUGCACAAACUGGUUCUGGCAAAACUGCUGCUUUCUUGUUGCCCAUAUUGAAUAAUGUAUUCAUAUCUGGCCCUCCUGCUCCCCCUCCUGUACGUCGACUAGCUGGCUAUCGAGCUCGUCAUUUUCCGUUAAUUUUGAUUCUGGCUCCAACACGAGAGUUGGCACUUCAAAUUUAUGACGAAGCUAAAAAAUUUUCUUAUCGUUCCCGUGUUCGACCAUGUGUCGUAUAUGGUGGUUCAGAUAUUGGUGCCCAAAUGAGAGAUCUGGACAAUGGAUGUCAACUUUUAGUUGCCACUCCUGGACGUUUGAUUGAUAUGGUGGAACGAAAAAAAAUUGGUUUGGAAAAGAUUGCUCAUCUUGUUUUGGAUGAAGCCGAUCGUAUGCUUGAUAUGGGUUUUGAACCACAAAUUCGUCAAAUCGUUGAAGCUUGUGACAUGCCUGUGACUGGCGUACGACAAACAUUGAUGUUUUCGGCUACUUUUCCGAAAAAAGUUCAAGAAUUGGCAACAAACUUUUUAGAUAAUUACAUUUUCUUGACUGUUGGACGUGUUGGAAGUACUUCGGAAAACAUAACACAAAAAGUUGAAUGGGUCAAUGAGAACGACAAACGUUCAUACUUACUUGAUUUGUUGAACAAUGAUAGUCAUCGUUCAGGACCUGAAUCUUUGACUUUGAUCUUUGUUGAAACCAAAAAAGGUGUUGAUUAUCUUGAAAAUUUCUUGGAACGAAAUGGCUGUCAUGUAAGCAGCAUUCAUGGUGAUCGAAAUCAAUCGGAUCGUGAAGAUGCAUUGUAUAGUUUCCGAGCUGGACGAACUCCAAUAAUGGUUGCAACAGCUGUAGCAGCUCGUGGUUUGGAUAUUCCAAAUGUCAAACAUGUAAUCAAUUUUGAUUUACCAAACGAUAUUGAAGAAUAUGUUCAUCGAAUUGGUCGAACAGGUCGUGUGGGAAAUUUGGGUUUGGCAACAUCGUUUUUCAAUGACAAAAAUAAAAACAUUGCCAUGAAUCUUUACGAACUUAUGGUCGAAUCAAAACAAACUAUUCCAGAUUUCUUGACUAGCAUGGUUAAAUCAAUUAAUGCUGAAUCACGAAACACUUGGAACCGUCACAAGCCUGGUCCACGAAGAUAUGGUGCUGGUGGUUUUGGUUCACGAGAUUUCCGACAAUCUUAUGAUGAUCAUGGUGAAACACCACGUUAUUCAAUGGCUCCACCGCGACAGAUGAAUGGUUUUGUUGGCUACAACAAUUCCAAUCACAACAACAAUUCAUAUUCGCGUCCAUCCAACCCUCGCAAUAAUGUUCCAAGCUGUUGGGACUAAUUGUGAUUGGUUAAUUUUAAUCAAUC